AUGUCGAUCGAAAGCAAUAAGCUCGACAACAUCCACACGGAGACCGCCGUUCUUGACAAACCAUGCAAGUUUUGCAAAGUCCUCGAGCUUGACGAUGCUCUAUAUGGUGGAGAGAUCAAGAACAACGGGAAUAGAGGGCCUUUUGUCGAUUUUGGUGAGAUUGUGGAAACUAAACAGGAUCGAGUUGUAAACUCUGGAUGGAGAGUGGCCAUGGCGAUAAAGGCCAUGAGUUUCUUGACACCGAAUAACGACGUGGAUGCCCCAAAGACCGUUACAAAGACGGAACUGCGGCUCUCGUACUUGAGGAGAGAUGAGCUUCCUGAUCUGCAGGCAAUUGGCGAUACAGCAUCAACUGGGUGUAAGAAAUGGGGAGACGAGAGGGAAGGAGAGAAGGACAGAGACGAUGAGAGUGAAGAACAAAGCAUAAUGGAGCACGAAAUAGAAGACAUGAAUGCCGAUUUGAAGGAUGGAAACAAGGACAGUACCAAGGCCGCUCAAUUCGCAAACACAGAGGCACAAACUAGCAAAGCUGAUUUGGUUAUCACCGAAAUGAUCUACAAGCUUCGAGAAUAUGGAGCCGAUAAUGAUCGUCCUCAACGAACAUGGCUGGAUGCGUUGUAUGUCUUCUUCACAAUUCAGUACUAG